GUUGACAGUCGUCACUCCCAACCUCGCAUGGUUAACAAACUGCCUCCAGUACUCUUAAGUCGGCUAUGGGUAUCCAAUAAACUUUUCCGCACUCCAACAUUUUUUGAAUGCUGUGACGAUCCUGUUUUUGACAUUUAAACAAAAAGCGAAAACUAUGAAUGGUAAAGAUCCGGGAGGCAGCAAAAGCAAAAGGAGGCGGUUUAGCCUUUGUAGUCAGCGAGGAAUGCGGAAAUGUUCCUGCCCUGUGUCAAACCUCUCUGAAGGGGGUCAAGGCACAUUGAGCCAGCGUGGGAAAGCGUAGAGAAGACGGAGCUCACAGACAAGCAUUGCAUAUUCUGGGAUUGAUGGGAAAACCAUAAUGGGGGGAGUAGAGACACAGUAACGCGAAGAAUAUAUGCAGCUUCAUACAGUGAUCCCUUGAAAAAAAAGCAAGAAAAAAAACGCACUGCAUAAGCUGCGCACACUGAUUUGCGCGAGGAAAACGAACCCCCCUCACUCUCUCUUGGUAGUUGAUCUAUUUGAGUUGCAGUGGUGGUACCGCUGGAGGAUGGGGGCUCAUGCGUGCACCAUGUCUCUACCUGUGUGGCCCUGAAGACGGACAGUGAGAGAUCUGUGCUGUGUUUGCAAACAUCGGCUGCGAAGACACCGGUUCCUCAUCGCGGUUUCCGACGCAACAAGUCAUAGCGGAAUUUUCACUAAAUUUCAAAAAAGACUGUAGCCUACACGUGCCAGCUCCGUUUUCCCAAUGAUGCCCCUGUAAAGAAUCUUCGUCGGGAUUCCCCGCAGCAGGCUACAUUGAACUGAGGAGCAAUACGUUUUUUAAGAUGGACAAAGAAAUAGUUGGUCAGUCCUAUGAGCCUGUUGCCGAGAUAGGUGAAGGUGCUUACGGAAAGGUAUACAAGGCUCGGGAUUUGAAUAAUGGGGGUCGCUUUGUAGCCCUAAAACGAGUGCGGGUCCAAACAGAGGAAGAAGGGAUGCCUCUUUCGACCAUUCGCGAGGUGGCAGUGCUGAGGCAACUGGAAUCCUUUGAGCACCCCAACGUUGUCAGGCUCUUCGACGUGUGCACUGUAUCCAGAACCGACCGAGAGACCAAACUAACUCUGGUGUUCGAGCAUGUGGACCAAGACCUGACCACAUACCUUGAGAAGGCGCCAGACCCAGGAGUGCCUCCAGAGACGAUUAAGGAUAUGAUGUACCAGCUGCUUCAGGGUCUGGACUUCCUUCACUCCCACCGCGUUGUGCACCGAGACCUGAAGCCACAGAACAUUCUGGUAACCAGCGGAGGUCAGAUCAAGCUGGCCGACUUUGGCUUGGCGCGGAUAUACAGUUUUCAGAUGGCACUUACCUCGGUGGUUGUCACCCUGUGGUAUCGAGCCCCUGAGGUGUUGUUGCAGUCCAGCUACGCCACGCCAGUAGACUUGUGGAGUGUUGGCUGCAUCUUUGCAGAGAUGUUCAGAAGGAGACCUCUUUUUCAAGGGAAAUCGGAUGUUGACCAGUUAGGCAAAAUAUUUGAUGUGGUAGGGGUGCCAUCUCUGGAAGACUGGCCACAGAACGUGGGGUUGCCUCAAACUGCCUUUGCCCCUCGCCCUCCCAAACCAAUUGAGGACCUGGUUCCUGAUAUGGAUGAGCUAGGGAGGUCCCUUUUACUUCAAUUCCUUUCGUUCAAUCCCUCCAGAAGGAUAUCGGCCUAUGCUGCUUUGUCCCAUCCCUACUUUCUGGAUCUGGACAGCCCCAGUAAGAAUCUGUACAACCAGCCCUUCACCAGCAACAAACGCUCCCUGGAGGAGAGAACUACAGAGGCCUUCAGUCGCUGUGGAGUCAGCGACCGGGGCUCCGACUCCAAAACCCCCCAGAACUAGUUUGUCACAGCCAUGUUGAGGAUGCUGCUUUUUUUUUUUUUUUUUUAGAGAAUGAUUUUUAUUUUGUUUUUGAAAAAGAAAAAAAAAUGCAAAAACAAAAAAGAGAGAUAUGAACAAUUGGCUGGUCUGGUUUGUUCUGCUCGUUCAGUUAAAAUUUUUUGAAAACCAGGCAGUGCCACCAGAGGAAAUUCAAGGCACUGGAGUAAACGAUAAGACUCCACAGGCGGUGCACUCUGUUUCCUGCUCACUCCCAAAUGGUGGGGGGCCAAAGUGGGGAAGUCCCUGGUCGCUGCUUGGAAGGGGAGGUGGUGUUGUGGUUCUGAGUGUCUAACCGUAUCUAAUCCCUAAACAGGGAAUCGUAGACUGAGCGAGAUCUCGCUGCUCAAGAUCAUCAUGUCUGCAUCUCACUGCUAAUAUCUCACUUUGGGAAGGAGGGAGGGAGGGGGGGGGGUUCCCUAGAUGAGGACCAGCAACCCCCCCACCCACCCUGCCCCAGAAGGAUUCACUGCCAAUGUCUUUCACUAUGGUGCCACUGCCAAGAUCUCACUCUCAGCAAGGUUUCACUGUCGCGUCCGUCACUGCCAAUGUCUCACCUGGGUUAGGUCUCACUGCCAAACGACCACCACUGUUUCUCUAGGUUCAUGUGUCCGGGUUUCACUACUUAGGAUUGGCUCCAAGUCUGCCAUCGCUGCCACCAACUGCCAAAUUCUCCACGCUGCAGAAGCUCGUCCGUGUUCUAUGUCUCCCUUAGGUUUUGCUUCCUCUGAGCUACCAGACCUCAUCCUUCCCCACAGCAGAAAAACCGUUGAGCAGAUUCUCACUUGGCCUUCACACAUCUCCACACACACACACACACACACACACACACACACACACACACACACACACACACACACACACACACACACACACACAAAGACAAACUCACACAUUUAAAUAAAAAAAAUUCCACUUCAUCUGAAUAUAAACGGUUAAAUGUUGUUGAUCUGUCAUCUUGUGGUUUUGAGGUUUUGAGGAAGCAGUGUAGAAGGGAAGCAGGAGAGGGAGUUGCUGCUGGAUUCGUUUCAGGGGAUAUUUUUAUCUACAGUUGAUUAAUGUUUGAUCAAUGGUUAUACUUCCUCUUUUAGGUUCUGCAUUUCACUGCUGCAUUUUGGGGAGGAGAACAAAAAAAAAUGUCAAUGACUUCCAGAGUGAAUGAAGAAAGUGAACUCACAACCUAAACAAUAGUGAACUAACGGCCAUCCUCUAUGUUUCAGCCCAACAUGAGGCAUAUAAUUGUAGUGAUUGUAAUAUUAUUGCCCAGCUAUUACUUUAUGAACUUCAAGCUGUAGGGACAAACAAAAUGAGUUUGCAGUCGUCGCUCUGUUGGCAAGGAAGCAGGCUAGAGGGCGUGGGUGAAGAAAGAGUCCACUAUCAGUGUAAAUGCAUGUAGGGUUUAGAGUGAGUUUAGUUUGUAGUAGAGCCAAACGAACUGUAGAGGUAGAUUGCAAGUUUAACACGGCAUACUUGAUAUGUGGGUAAGAGAGUCUGGAACGAAAUGAGGAGUGAAAAAGCUAGUUGGCGAGUGGGAAGUAGAAGGGAGGUCACAGGCGAGAAGCAAGCUCGUCUAAGAUUGCCAAUAGCAAGGUAGUCCUAAUAUAAGUUGAAAAAACGAUAUCCUUUUGAUAACUUAUCAAUGGUCAUUGCGCUGCCACCUCCAUAAAUAAACAGGCCCAGAAUGACUGAGGACUGCUCGAGUCAGAAGACUAAGAAACAUUGGAGGAUGGAUUCUUGUGAAAGUACAAGUAUAUGUAUAAGUACAAACUGGCACAGUAUGAUGUACACAAACACAUACAAUGCACACACACAGAUCCACGCAUACAUGUACACAAUGUCACUAACUUCAAACAGAUGUUAAGCACUGGUGCCUUACACACUCAGGAUCUCUCUUAGAAUCAUUAUUCAACACUUCAUUCACUCAGGUCUCUGGUUGGUUGUAGAUCAAAUAGUUGUCAACCUAUGUUUUCAGGUUUCAUUCAGGCAGAUCAUAACUGUUCACUAUCAUAUCAUGCUAACUGGCGUUUCUGUGCAAACCUAUGUCAUUAAGCACCAUGAAGUAGUUUAGAACAUAUUUAUGUCCAAGCUGGGUUUAUGUGACGUUGUGUUGUCAGUCAUGCUAUAUACUCUUAAAGCAUCUGUGGACAACAUCUUUAUUUAAUUUUUUGUUUUAUAGAGUUGAUGGAAAAUGCACCUAUUUGUAGUUGGUGCUUCAUCUUUAGUUGCUAGGUUACCUUUUACCCACGGGCCUCGGAUGAGAAGAACCAUGGGGAAAAAAUUGAUUUGAUGAUGCAUUGUCUUCACUUGUGUGUGUGGUGUUUAUGUAAUGACUUUUGUCGUGGUACGCCCUACACAGUGCAUGCUCAAAUUAAUUGUACAUAUAGCUAAAUCCAUUUUUCAUCUUAGCAGGGCAUUACUUGUUUUGAAAUGCUCGCUCCAUGGUGAAUUUAAUCAGCAGAGUACAACUGAAUGACAAAUAAAAAAUAUCUCCUCUGCACUCAUUAGGUUUGAUGUGAAUACCUACAAUUAUUGUUGGGUAUCUCUGAUUGUUCGAUGCUGAAUAUUGUAGGUCUCCUUUAGUUAUGGAAUGUAUGUGUGUCUGUUCCUUCGAUGGAACUUGAAUGUUUGUGGCAGUGGGUGUGAUCAUGCUGAAAGACAUAGCACCUUUUUUAAAUGCCUUCGAAUACAUGUCAGUGUGCAUCUUUUGCCCAAUGACUCUGACAAAACAAAGAGAUGCAUGGACUUCGUUGGUUUAAGGCUGGCAAAAUUCACUCCAAUUAUUCCAAUCACCUAUCCCUAAUAUUUGUGUGUAAAUAUAAUGUAUUUAAUUUUUUACACAAUUGUCUUAGCAGAAACUAGAAAUAUAGGCCCCAUCAUAUCAGCAGUGAUGUCCAGUGUUGUGCAGUGUAUUACAAUGCAUUCUUUAUAGUUAAUAACUUUUUGAAAGUGCUAUUUUUCUUUUUUUUUGUUCGUUUGACUUGUAAACUGCUGGUCUUUGGUACUUAAAAUAGCCUCUUUUCAUUUUAUGAUUAUUUAUUGAGUCUAGACAUUUAUGUUUGUUUGUGUUUUUUUCAGUUAGUUGUUUUUAAUAAUCCCUUCCAACACACCUCUCUUUUCUUCCAAACUUGUUGAAUGACUCUGCCUUUCAAUGAUGGUGCUGUAAUCCUUACUUCAGACUUGAAAUGUGUUCAGUGGACUCAGACUUGUGAUGGAACUCACUCGCUGCAUUGUCCCUAUCAGAAAGAAAGUGUGUCUUGUGUGUUUUUUUUAAUCGUUUGACUAUCGUGGGGUUCACUAUUCUGUAUUUUUCAAUUUUCUGAGAAAAUGCUUGUGGCUGUCUGGUUGGAAGCCACACAUUUGUCUGUAAUACCAGAUUUUUUCGAACGUGCAUAAAAUGGCAAAACUGUUAUGCACCGUCGGGGCCUAUAGUUUCUAAGCAUUUUACCUGCUCCACAGCUUGAAUAAAGUACUGUGCCUCUGACAAUGACAGAGCAAUAGCCUAAGCUGUUAUAAAAUAUAUUACCUUCACGCUUCAAUGACUUUGAUUUAUGUCAUUAAUAUCUACUUAUAUGAAACGCAUUCAAGCUCGAUUCAAAACUGCAUCCGCCAGUUGUUACCUGUUUUCAAGUAACCUCUGUCUAGUGGACGAGUUUUUGACUAGUUAAUGUGCUUGACUUAAAGUCGCUUGAGAGGAUGCAGAAUGAUGAAUUGACAACACAGUCUUGUCCAUCAGCGUCUUCACUGUUUGUCGUACAGAUUUAUAAGUAUAAAUAUAAUAGUAAAUUCAAAUCUCACUGGAUAAUCCAGCAUAUCUGUGCACAAUAGUGUGUUUUACAGUAUAUUUUCUAAUACUUUGCCUAAAACGUGUCUUGCAAAAUUGUAGUUGCUGGGAAAUUUGUAUUUUGUAGAACUGUUUUUAACUUGUCAUGAUGUCUUAUUGCUAGUUGUUUUAUAUUACUUAUGUUAUUGUUUAGUGUGGCUUCAAACAUGCACAUGAGUAUCCAGACAGAGAGACAGUCAGGGUUUAUGGUAUUUUACGUCAGACAAGUGAGGCAGGUAAUAAGGAUGGAGAAUUGAAAUCCAGUUUAAUGCAGAAAGUGACAAUUUUUUUAAAUAAGCAUGAUGACGUGUGAGGCAUAAUGUGCUGUAAUUAUAAGUGAUGUGUAUUAUGUUUUUGUUAUCAUUGCAUAUUACGAAAUAUCAUAUUCUGUGAGGUGAAAAAGAAGAUAAAGCUGCCAAAAUUAGUGUCUUUUUGAGCUAAUGUGAGAAAGUGUGAUAUGAUAUUUUGUUAAAAUGUAGAGUAGGCUACCAAACUGAGUUGCUUGUGUUCAGAUUGACUGGAUUUUUUUUUUUUUUUUUGCUGCUCAUAUUUAGAGGUUAGUACGGAGCCCCCUAAGGGUCAUGGUGGUGAUUUAGUUUUUCAGAGAUAUUUUUGCAUUCCCUGGCAAUACUUUUGCAUUCCCUAACAAUAUAGUUUUGUGUUCCCUCGCAAUAUUUUUGCAUUAUUUCGCAAUAGUUUUGCAUUCCCUCUCUAAAGCAAAACAAUUGCGAGGGAAUGCAGAAUUAUAUCAGGAAAAAAUGACAUGACCCUUAGGGGGCUUAGAAAGUUAGGACACAUCGAUUUAUUUUAUUUUAUUUUUAAUUUUUUUUACGUGUAAGGCAACUUUUGCAAACAACUAGCCAGCAAAAAAAGUACUUUAGAUCUGAAAUGUUUCAUAACCUAUUGAUUUUUGGCUUUCUUGUCAUGUUUUAAUGGGCACUAACUCAUUCAUUCAGUACUCUCUUCACAAUGAUUACUUAAUUUAUGAACAAAGAGGGCAGACCAAUUAUGUAAUGGACUAGAAUAAUUAUGAAAUUAUACAUUUUUUUUUCUUUUUCUUUUGUUUUUAUAACACAGGCUUCAAACCAGAGUGUUUUGGUUUCUGUCUCCAUUAAGUUAAGUUUAUGGCCCUACUGGGUAAGGCUUCCAGCCAAUAACCAAAUUACAAAAUGAGAAUGUCAAAAAAGAAAAUUAGGUAUUUUGGUAUUUUUUUCCUCUUCGUGGGGAUACCAACGGGAGGGCUGGGGUGUUUUUUGUUUUGUUUGUUUUUUUACAUAUUAUUGUGGGUUUGCUGCUAAUUCUGUUUUGCUCUGGCUUGAUAAAUUAUGACCCGUCAAAUGAUUAAAAUUUCUGAUGAAAGAGCUGCUUGAGUUUUCGCUUACGUGUUGUAUCUGUAACUGCUUUACAUCAUUUUUUUAUUUUUGUAAAAAUAAUAAAAAUAAAAACUGUGUGCAAAUUUAAUUUAUUUGUGGUGUUGUAGGCUACAUGUUUGCGCUCGUUUUUAAGAACAGCAUAACCUGAAGGAAGGCAAAUAUCGGAAAAUCAUGUCAAAUGUCACUCUGCAGUAAUUUAUGUAUCCACUAGGAGGGAGAAGUCAAUAAGUGUUCUCUUCAGCAGCGCAGUCUUUUUUACUCAGUGAUCCGCUAGCUUGGAGGCUAACACAACACCUUGAGAAGACAUGUAAACAAAGACCCUAUACCGCUAUUUACGUUUGCUUUUAGGGGGCAAAAUGGG